CAUCGGUGGUCAGUGUCCAAAGGCGCUUCGUCACACGCAGCCGGGUGCGCGCGAAAAAUAGCGCUGACAUUAGUUUUCCCGCCAAAUGUGGGUCGCUGUACGGCCGCGUUCCAAUUAUUACGCAAAAUAAAUGUAAAGUUCACAAUUUUAUUAAAUCGUUUUGUUAUUCAAGUUUAAAUCUAUGUCACGAUGUUACUAUUUUAAUAAUUUACGACGAUUUAAUUGUUGUGUGUUUUUUCGUUAAUGUUUUUAAACACGUGUUGUGUGUGAUAAUAACAUGGGAUCUUUUUUCUUGAGCUUUACCCGCAAGAAGCAGGAUAAAAGGAAGUCUUUGGAGCAGCAGUCUUUAAGUGCUGGAAACAGUCCCUUGCACGUCAAGGGUCCUCGGCGUCCUGUCAGCCAGAACCUGAACGUAGCCCCACGCACUUCAGCCUAUAGCGACGGCAGAAAGAGUAAGGUGAAAGAAUGGGACUGUGGGAUAUGUAAGAAGGAGUUGGUGGAGCCCAGGCUCUUGGGAUGUCUGCACAACUUCUGCACCAGGUGCCUCCAGGGUCUGCACCAAGAAGGAGAAGCUGAGAUAUGGAAUGAAGUUGAUGGAGGGUCAGUCCAGUUAGAUCCAGGUGGAUCUAGGUCGGGAUCUGGUGCUGGGUCUGCAGGCUCCGGGUAUGAGAGCGACCUCCGCCACUCAGGGUCUGAAGGCAGCUGGGAGCAGAAACAGCAGCAUAAAUAUGCUAUUUUGACUAGAAAGGUAUCAGGCAAAAGCGUCCAGUUCCUUCUAUGCCCGACCUGUGGGUACGAGACACAGCUACCUCUGGGAGGGAUAGCAGCGUUACCUCUCAACUAUGUGCUGCUCCGCAAGAUGGCUGCUGUGCAGGACAGCGAGGGAAUCAACGUGCUGUGUGAUCUCUGUAGCAGUGAUAAUAAGGCCGAAACCCGGUGCAACCAAUGCCUGGUCAGUAUCUGCACAUCAUGCGGAGAAGCUCACGGCAGACAGAAGUCGACUGCUCGUCACUCCCUGCAGCCACUCGACCCAGCUCCUGUGAAGUACUGCACGCAGCAUCCGAAGGCCGACCUUAGUGUAUAUUGUGCUACUUGCCAACAGGUGGUAUGCCGCGACUGCUGCCUAGUGUCCCACAGCGGGCACGCGCUGGCCAACGCGUCCCGUGCCGCGGCUGAGCGCGCUCGGCUGCUGCGCGACGCAGCGGAUCGUGCCAAACUAGUGCCCGAGAAUGUGGAGCGAGCUACCAGGAACCUGAGCGCGCACGCGUAUGAGAUUGAUUGCCAAGCAGCUCGCGUAGAAAGCGAGGUCCAAGAAUGGGCGGUGCAAUACAGACGCGCAGUGGAGGCCCACACGCGCACGCUGUGUGCCACGGCGGCCCGCGCCCGGGACCGACACCAACAGAGACUCGACCACAAGAGCAAAGCGCUGGAGGAUAGAGCCAGACACGCUGUGGAUGCUGUUCGGUUUGCUGAAGAGCUCCUAGCAGAAGGCAAAGAAGACGAGCUCCUAUCUCUCAGUGGACCAGUUCUACGUCGGUUGGAGCGUGUCACAGAGUUGCAGCCGCUAUCAGAGCCCCCUCGACUGGAGUUGCGCUUCGCCCCCCGCGCCCCAGCUACACAUGACCCUACUAUAUUUGGGAGACUACUGGCCCAUGCACCAGAUCCUGAUAUGUGUGUUGUUAAUACUGAAGGUCUUCAAGAUAUGCGAGUGGAUUGUGAGCACGAGGUGACGCUAGAGCUCCGGGACAGCAAUGGAGAACGAAUCUGGUGUGGUGGUGAACAGGUGUCUGGCUACUUCCGCCGCCGCGACUCGAGCGCCCGGCCGAGCAUGGCCCGAGUGACGGACAGUACGGACGGCAGCUACACGCUCAGCAUCACGCCGCGCUCGCCAGGAGCCUAUCUACUCGCUGUCACUAUUAACAAUAAGCCGAUUAAGGGCAGUCCAUUCGCGUGCUGCGCCCGCGCAGGCGCGGCCCACUGGGGCACGUUCCACUGCUGCGCGUUCUGCUCGUCGGGCGGACACAGGGACGCCGUCUGCGGCUGCGGGGGCAGGAUGCCCGGCGGGUACCAAGGUUGUGGGCACGGCCACCCGGGUUGGCCGGGCACGCGGCACUGGUCGUGCUGCGGCGCGGCGCGCCGGACCGCCGCCUGCACGCGACCGCGACCCACCCGACCCAACACGCAGCUCUACCAGUUUUCUUUGUAAUCUUACGGCAUUAAAUGUUAUGUACAAGAGUAA